AUGUAUGUAUUCUGCUCGCUGCAGCAGAGAAUCAUUGGAGGACAGGAGGUUGAGCCCUAUUCCAUAAAGUACCAGGCCUCUGUGCAGUACAACAACUAUCAUUACUGCGGAGGAACACUCAUACACCCGCAGUGGGUGGUUACUGCUGCCCACUGCUGGAGGCCGAGCUAUUUAAUCAAAGUGGUUUUGAGUGAACAUGACCUCUCCAAAAAAGAGGGCUUUGAGCAGGUGUUCAAUGUGUCCAGAGUCCUGGUGUAUUACAUGUACAAUUACAGGACAUUUGACAGUGACAUUAUGCUCUUGAAAUUGGAGAAGCCCGCAGAGCUCAAUGCCAACGUUCAGCCAGCCAUGCUGCCAACCUCACUCGCUCCUAUAACAGGGGGCACAAUUUGCACGGUGAGCGGCUGGGGCGUCACUCAGGUCUACAGUUAUUACCUGUCCCCCGUCCUGCGUGCUGUGGACGUCCAGAUCAUCCCUCAGUGUCAAUACUACUACUACUACAGAAUCACAGACAACAUGGUGUGUGCCGGCUCCCCGCUGGGCGGCAAAGACUCCUGCCAGGGCGACUCUGGCGGGCCUCUCAUCUGUAACGGUUAUUUUGAGGGGAUCGUGUCCUGGGGCAUCAGCUGUGCCAACCCUUAUUUCCCAGGAGUCUACACCAAAGUCCGCAACUACAUCUCCUGGAUCAACUGGAUAAUCGACAAUGACAACAGCUAGAAUGUUCUUUUUCCAAAGGUUGUUGAACUGCCACGGCAUCAAAAAGACCCGGUAUACUGAGUGCGCCGGUCAAUGUCUAUUAGAUAAGAUGAAUACCAGCAUUAAAAGUUGUUUUACUCUUUUACAACAAGGAGUUUGAAAACUGCUCAAAUUAUGAGGUUUUGGAUAUCAGAGACUUUCAUUUAUGGUUAAAUUGUGGUUAAAUUCAUGAUUGUAUUGGCGCAAAAUCAAAUUCCAUCAAACUUAAAUGGUUAUCUUGAUUUAAAUUCUUUUUAUUCUAUUUCAAGGCAGGAAACCAUAAAAUAAAUAAAUUGAGUAUUUUCUCAGCUUACUAUCACUGUUGGCUUAUUUAUCUCCAGCAGUCUGUUGUGAAAAGCCAAUGCUUUUUCAUCGUUAUUCCAUUGGGAAUGUCACUGUAUUAUUGCGCAGUGACCUUUAUACCUCAUCCUCACUGUCUCUCGGUGUGGCUAAAGGAAAGAUUGCUGUCGACUCUGACUGGAAAUUACAUAACCUUUCAGCAUGACAGCAUCACACACAUCAAACACAGAACAUCAGGGAGGUGGGAAAUCUGGGAAAAGGGGAUUGGAUGUCGGAUCUGGGAAAACAAAUUCACAGUCAAGUCUGUUGAGCCACAGAAAGACUAUACAUACACAGCAUAGCAACAUGGGAGACCAAAAGAUGAGACAUGAGCUUAUUAAUGGGUUGAAUGGGCACUUGUUGGGAAUAAAAGAGUUGAUUCGGAAGUCUCUAGAGGCCAAGAA